CCUGGCUGCCGACCAUCGUGCCCGUCCCCUUGCCUGAGUGCCGCAAUGCAGCUCAAUCUGCAAGGGUAUCAGCGGCGCCGAGAACGCGUGGGAUGCGGAAACAAGAUGCGUCUUUCCUAUCUUUCGCAUUCAGCCAGAAUGUCCCUAUACUCCGAGCCGGGGGCGCUGUACAUGUCCAUGGCCAUAUCGCGCCAAUUAUACACCUCAAUCUGCCGCGCGUAGCCACUUCCAGAGAGUCGAAGCUUACGUGGCGCCGUACCUCCCGAGUGUAGAUUGUCGGAGCAUUCAGCCAUGUCGCCCAAGGCCGAGCCUAUCUGCACCCAACAAGGCCACGAGAAAUACGAGUUCCACGCCUGGGAACAGCCACGCGGAGACGCUGUGUAGACGCUUUCAAAGAUUUUACGGAGAGGCAAGCGCAAAGUCAUUCGUUAUGGAGCAAGUCAAGGCUUUUUCGAAGAGGCUGCAGUCAUGCAAACAUUCUAUACAGCAUUUUCUACGAAUUUUUUCCUACGCAACACCGCUCGAUCGAGCUUGGCUUGUGGCGGCUGCCCUCGCCUCAGCAGCAACGGGAGUCACGAUCCCUUUGAUGAACAUCAUCUUCGCUAAGCUGGUUCGAGUAUUUACGGCAUUCUACGCACGCUACUACACCGGCUGGACGCCGGAGCAAUUUCGCGAUGAGAUUGCGAAGAACGUAUAUCUCAUGAUCUACAUAUUCGGAGCAAGAUUCGUUCUCGAUUAUGUCGCGGUGCUCGGUUUCCGUCACACAGGCCUUCGAACCUCUGCGACAAUUCGGCUAACGUAUCUGCGGUCUCUGAUGUCUCUGCCGGUCUCAAGCGUUGACGCUAUUCCGCAGGGCCAUACGGCGGCCAUUACCACCAUCACUGCAAAUCAGGUCCAAGACGGAAUCUCAGAAAAGCUAUGUCUCCUUAUCCAGAACAUCUCUCUUGUCAUUUCUGCGAUCGUGGUUGCUUUCGUAUUCAGUUGGCUUCUAGCACUUGUUACUGUCACCGGCCUUGUGUUUGUAGUCCUUGUCUACACUCUCACUCUUUACUUUCUGGUCAAGAAAUGGAACAAGGUGCAGCAGGCUGAUCGGGAAGGCGCAGCUACUGCAAGUGAGACGAUUUCGUCAAUCAGAAUGGUGGCUGCAUGCGGAGCGGAGGGUAAGAUGGCAGAGAGCUAUGGUGGUUGGGUGAAAGAAGCCGCUCGGCGUGGCCAGCAGAUGUCGAAAUGGAUCGCCCUACAAUCAUCGCUAGUAUUUUUCGCGAUUUAUGCAACUGCGGCGCUCUGUUUCUGGUGGGCGGUUCGGCUGUGGGAGGCACAAAAAAUUGCAAGCGUAGAAGUCCUGCUCGUUGUUAUUACGUCCAUCUUGACCAUCGUCAUGUCCGUCGGGUCAAUCUCGGCUCCGCUUUCGGCCGUCAGUCGAGCGUCUGGGGCAGCUUCAACCUUCUACGCUAUCAUCGACAUGCCAAAAGCAAAGGUUGACGGCUUGAAAGAGCCAGACGUCUCCCCUACAGAGGACAUCGUUCUCAAUAGAGUCAACUUCACGUAUAUCAGCAGACCGGAUCAAAGGGUUUUGCACAAUGUCUCGUUGACAUUUCCAGCAGGGAAAACAACGGCCAUUGUUGGACCUUCUGGAUCUGGGAAGAGCACGAUCGUUGCCUUGAUCCAACGGUGGUACGAGCUCAGUGUCGGCAAGGAUGAGAGUCCCGUUAUCAACUUGCUUCGCAACGGCACCAUUACUACCGGAGGCCGAAGCCUUCGCGAGAUCGAUGUGAAAUGGUGGCGAUCGCAGAUCGGCCUAGUACAGCAAGAACCAUUUCUCUUCAAUGGGACCAUUUUCGAAAAUGUAGCUCAUGGACUGAUAGGUACGCCGUGGGAGGCUGAACCCGAAAGCGUAAAGAGAUCGCUUGUGGUCACUGCUUGCGAAGAAGCAUUCGCCGACGAGUUUAUCUCUCGAUUGCCAGAUGGUUAUGACACCCUGUGUGGCGAUGCUGGUAUCCACCUUAGCGGAGGACAGCGACAGCGCAUCGCAAUCGCUCGAUGCAUUAUCAAGAAACCCUCCAUCGUCAUUCUUGACGAAGCGACAAGUGCCAUCGACGUUCGCAGCGAGCAAAAGGUUCAGGCAGCACUUAACCGCGCCGCCCAGAACAGGACGACAAUAGUCAUCGCGCAUAGACUGUCGACAAUUCAGAAAGCGGACAACAUCGUGGUGAUGAAUAAGGGAACAGUCGCUCAACAAGGCAGCCACGAGAAGCUGAUGAAAAACAGAGCCGGCCUAUACUAUCGCCUUGUCAAUUCACAGCUGCUCUCGGAUGAUGACGAGGAUGCGGCUACCGAUUCUUCUUCAGCAGCUACUAGUCUCCCAGAUGCCAAAGACGAACAAGACCACAGCAAGACCGAUGACGUCGAGCAUCUACCCGAAAUCACCGCGGGGAAAAAGCCCUCGAAACUCAUCAGAACAUUCGGGCGCCUCUUCAUCGAACAGAAACGAGACUGGUAUUGGUACAUGCUCAUAUUGUUAGGCUCCGCCGGUGCUGGUGCUGCAUUUCCCGUACAAGCAUACCUUUUCGCCAGGCUGAUAUCUCUGUUUGGAUUUUACGGAGAUUAUCUCCACGAGGAGACUCAGUUCUGGUGUGUCAUGACUGUGGCACUCGCCGUGGGAGUAGGAAUCUGCUAUUUCAUUCUCGGCUGGGCUUGUAACACGGUCUCAUUCCACAUAAUCUCAGCCUAUCGCCACGAAUACUUCCAGAACCUCCUCCGAAAACCCAUUGGAUUCUUCGACGACAAGGAGAACUCGACUGGCACGCUGAGCGCUCGCAUCGCAAACGACCCCGCGCAGCUACAACAGCUCCUCGGCGUCAAUCUUUCGUCAAUGCUUACUUGUGUCUUCAACGUCGCAGGCUGCAUCGCGAUCUCUUUCUACUUUAGCUGGCGACUGUCCGUCGUAGUGGUCCUAUCGUCCACACCCAUCAUGAUUGCCGCUGGGUAUCUGCGCGUGCGGUACGAACGCAAGUUUGAGAAGAAGACAUGGGAGGUAUUCACCGAAAGCUCGAAAUUCGCGAUCGAGUCGAUCGGUGCGUUCAGGACCGUUAGCGCUCUGACCAUGGAAGACUUCAUCUGCAAGCGAUACGAGAAGCUUCUCGAGAAACACGUACACGAUGCAUUUUACAGCGCACUCUGGACGACGUUGAUCUUUGCGUUUAGCGAUAGUGUGGCGCUGCUCUGCAUGGCCUUCGCGUUGUGGUAUGGAGGGAAUUUGCUCUCGGAUUAUGAGCUCUGGCCUUUCAACUAUUUGGUUGUAUAUCUUGCGGUUGUUCAGGGCAGUCUAGCUGCAGGCCAGUGGUUGAGCUUUGGGCCUAGUAUUGCUCAGGCCUCAACUGCAGUGAAGCGCAUUCGCAGCCUGAGAUUCGUGGAGGAUACAGAUCGCUCUUCGAAUCCUUUGCCGAUUGUUGAGGAUGAGAAGGGCGUCAUCGGGCCGAAGGUCGAACUGCGCAACGUUUGUUUCAAAUAUCCUACGAGGGACGUACCUGUUUUGCGCGGGUUGAACAUGACUAUAGAGAGAGGACAAUUCGCCGCCAUUGUGGGGCCCUCAGGCUGUGGCAAAACCAGCAUCAUAAGCCUGCUUGAACGCUUCUACACCGCGCAAUCGGGAGACGUUCUCUUCGACGACAACCCCAUCUCCUCUCUCGACCUAGACCAAUACCGCAAGAGCAUCUCCCUCGUCGCCCAAGAACCUUCCAUUGUCGCCGGCAGCAUCCGCGACAACAUCCUCAUGGGCGUCGACCCCCUCACAGUCACCGACGCCGACCUCGACCGCGUAUGCCGCGAAGCCGAGAUGUACGACUAUAUCGCCUCCUUCCCCAUCACAUACGACACGCUAGUCGGACAAAAAGGCAUCGCCCUUUCCGGCGGCCAGAGGCAGCGCCUGUCAAUCGCUCGAGCAUUGAUUCGCGACCCAAGACUCAUGUUGUUGGACGAGGCGACGUCGAAUCUGGAUUCGGAGACGGAGCGCAGCAUCCAGGGGAUCUUUGAGAAGACGGGGCAGGGUAGGACGAUGAUUGUGGUGGCGCACCGGCUGGCGACGGUGCAGAAUGCGGAUGUUAUCUUUGUGAUGAGCGAGGGCGAGGUGGUGGAGACGGGGAGUCAUAGGGAGUUGCUGAGGAAGAAAGGGGUUUAUUGGCAGAUGUGCCAGAUGCAGGCUUUGGAUAAGUGAGUGGUAUAGGAUAGAGGACCACCUGAUAGAAUGCGCUAGAGAGGAAUUUCGCGUUGCAGUCGGCUCGACGAUUAAACUUCACAACUCCCGCAACUGUCGUUGAGGGUACUAGGGUCUUCUUUUAAAAUUACUCGCUACAAAUAGAUUGCUGCUUCCUC